AUUGAGGCAGAGUAUUGCAGUCAGAAAAUGCACGGAAUUAUUCUCAGUGCCAACAAAAUAUAUUACAUGAUCCUGGCUGUCAUUGGUGUUCCAGUUAAUUUACUGGCAAUCAUGAUCCUGUCUCGUGGAAACUGUGGCCUAUCUUCAUGCACAACUUGCUACCUGGUGGCCAUGGCAGCAUCAGAUCUGAUAGUUCUCAUCUCUGAGGUCAUACUGAGGCAGAUCAAUGCUUAUUAUUUCCCAUUAUCUUUCUUGGAUAUCACUCCUGUGUGCAGCAUCAUCUAUGUCUCAUCAACAGCAGCCACCUCCUGCUCUGUUUGGUUCACAGUCACUUUCAGCUUUGAUCGAUUUGUCACUAUUUGCUGCCAGAAACUGAAAACUAAAUAUUGCACAAAGAGAAAUGCAGUUGUAGUCCUAUCAACAACCUGCACUGUAAUGUCCUUGAAUGGGAUUGAUGGUGAUGAUGGGGAGACGGGUAGAGUGGGACUUGCCUCAAGAGCUGGUCCUCCCCCUGGUCAGGAUGGGCUCAGUCUGGCUGGUCCUCAAGGGAACAGUUUCCCUGGUCUGUCUGUGUGCAGUGUGACUGCCUCCAGCUCUGGGACUCAGUCUCACUCGCCCCUAUUGCUGCUCCCACCCAUCGUCAUGGUGACCGUCUCAUGA